AUGUCUGAUUCAAGCAAAAGCAAGGCGCCUAGGCGAGAAGAAGCAGAACGAGAGCCCCAACCACAACCGCCACGACGACGAAGAGCCGAGUAUCCAUACCCACCAGCAGCAGCAGCUCCUCCUCAUUAUCAUCCUAUGCAGGUUCAGCAUCCACCUCCUCACGCUUUCCGUGGUCCUCCAGGAAUGGAAGACUACCAUCGGGAUCAUCAUCGCCGCCAUCCUCCUCCUCAUCACCAUCACCCGUAUCACCCUCAUCACCAUCAUCCCCAUCACCGACAUCCUCCUUAUCCGCCUCAUCAUCCAGGAGCCACAGCUGUCACCCCAGAGACAAGCCAACUGAUGCCUCAACAAGAAAGUCCUUCUUCCAGCGCCAAGCGAAGAGCCUUUCCCAGAAGUGGCCCUUCCCCGCCCAAGCGUCCUCGACACGUGUUAACUUUUCAACUGACCAAUGCAAACGAUCAACCGGGCAUAGUGGCGGGCAUCUGA